AUGAAUGGCACUGACAUGGAGGAAAUACCGUUUCAGAAAGUCAAGACCAAGAGGAAGAAGUGCUGCCACUGCUGCUGCUCCCCCCCGGCCGCGGCGGGCGCCGGGCUGGGGGGACCCCCUCCGCUACUGCUGCUGGAUGCCAUCGCCUGCGAGGACGAGUUCGACUGCAAGGAGCUGGAGUCCCUCUUCCAGAGCUACAACCUGAAGCUGGAGCAGACCUCCACCCUCAAGGCGCUGGCCGUGCUCAUCGUGCUGACCGCCAGCCUGGCCCUGGUGGAGCUGCUCUCCGGCCCCAGCCUGACCAUCUCCAAGGGCUCGCACCCGGUGCACUGCAUCAUCUUCCUCUCCCUCUUCAUCGUCACCAACGUCAAGUACCUGCAGGUCACCCAGCUGCAGCAGAUCGUCAAGCUCACCCUGCUGUUCAGCUUCACCUUCUCCUUCCUCUGCUGCCCCUUCUCGCUGGGCGCUUACGGCCUGGAGCCCCCCAGCGCCCCCGAGCAGGGCAUGUGGCAGCUCAUGCUGGUCACCUUCGUCUCCUACUCGCUGCUGCCCGUGCGGACCCUGCUAGCCAUCGUCUUCGGGCUGGUGGUGGCGGUCUCCCACCUCAUCGUCACCGCCACCUCGGUCAGUGCCAAGAGGCAGCGGCUCUGGAGGACGCUCAUGGCCAAUGCUAUCCUGUUUGUCAGUGUAAAUUUGUAUGGGGUCUUUGUGAGGAUUUUGACGGAAAGGGCUCAGAGGAAGGCAUUCCUUCAAGCCAGGAACUGCAUAGAAGACAGGCUAAAGCUGGAGGAUGAAAAUGAAAAACAGGAGCGUCUCCUGAUGAGUCUUUUGCCCAGGAACGUUGCCAUGGAAAUGAAGGAAGAUUUCCUGAAGCCACCCGAAAGGAUUUUUCACAAGAUUUACAUUCAGAGGCAUGACAAUGUUAGCAUUUUGUUUGCAGACAUUGUGGGGUUCACUAGUUUGGCAUCACAGUGCACUGCUCAAGAGCUGGUGAAGCUUCUGAAUGAACUCUUUGGCAAGUUUGAUGAAUUAGCUACAGAAAACCACUGCAGAAGAAUUAAAAUUCUAGGGGACUGUUACUAUUGUGUAUCAGGAUUGACACAGCCCAAAACGGACCAUGCCCACUGCUGUGUCGAAAUGGGACUGGAUAUGAUUGACACCAUCACGUCUGUAGCAGAAGCCACUGAAGUGGAUCUCAACAUGAGAGUUGGACUACACACAGGCAGGGUGCUUUGUGGGGUCCUAGGUCUCCGCAAAUGGCAAUAUGAUGUCUGGUCAAAUGACGUGACUCUAGCAAAUGUAAUGGAAACUGGAGGAUUGCCUGGGAAAGUUCACAUAACAAAGACCACCUUAGAGUGCCUAAACGGUGACUAUGAGGUAGAACCAGGGUAUGGCCAUGAAAGGAACAGUUUCUUGAAGAAGCAUAAUAUUGAAACAUUUUUUAUUGUGCCAUCCCAUCGGAGGAAGAUAUUUCCAGGACUGAUUCUCUCAGACAUAAAGCCUGCCAAAAGAAUGAAGUUCAAAACAGUCUGCUACCUGCUGGUCCAGCUCAUGCAUUGUCGUAAGAUGUUCAAAGCUGAGAUACCUUUCUCCAAUGUCAUGACAUGUGAGGAUGAUGAUAAGAGGAGAGCAUUAAGAACAGCCUCUGAAAAACUCAGGAAUCGUUCCUCUUUUUCUACGAAUGUGGUAUACACCACCCCAGGAACUCGAGUAAACAGAUACAUCAGCCGUUUGAUAGAGGCCCGGCAAACUGAGUCCGAGAUGGCUGACUUGAAUUUCAUUACCCUCAAGUAUAAACAAAUUGAACGUGAGCAUAAAUACCACCAGCUUCAGGAUGAAUACUUCACCAGUGCUGUAGUUCUUUCACUAAUUCUAGCUGCCUUAUUUGGCCUUGUCUACCUUCUAAUAAUCCCACAGAGUACCAUAGUCCUUGUCCUCCUGGUGUUCUGCAUAUGCUUCCUAGUGGCUUGUAUUAUGUACCUACAUGUCACACGAGUACAAUGUUUUCCAGGGUGCCUGACAAUACAGAUUCGUACCAUUUUAUGUAUUUUUAUUGUGAUCUUAAUUUACUCUGUGGCUCAAGGGUGCGUGGUUGGAUGCAUGCCUUGGGUAUGGAGUGCGAAUUCCAGCAGUUCCAUUGUUAUCAUUUCUCCCGGUGGAAUGAAUAAAACAAUGAAUGAACUUCCAUGUGAUACAGCCCAUUAUGCUUUCCUUUCCUGCGUUGUGGGGACUCUUACCUUGGCAAUAUUUCUACGUGUCUCUUCCUUGCCAAAAAUGAUCCUCCUGCUUUUUGUUACUAUUUUGUACAUAGUUGUUCUGGAACUCAGCGGAUACAGAAAAGCAGUAGGGGGUGGCUCCUUUUAUAUGCGUGGCUAUGAACCUAUAUUAGCCAUUUUGCUGUUUUCUUGUGCUUUGGCACUUCAUUCCAGGCAGGUGGACUUGAAGUUACGUCUGGACUACCUCUGGGCUGUGCAGGCAGAAGAAGAGAGAGAUGAUAUGGAGAGAGUAAAGCUGGAUAAUAAAAGAAUUCUCUUCAAUCUCUUGCCAGCACAUGUUGCACAGCACUUUCUUAUGUCUAACCCUAGGAACAUGGACCUUUAUUACCAGUCAUAUUCACAAGUGGGAGUGAUGUUUGCUUCCAUCCCAAAUUUCAACGAUUUCUACAUUGAACUGGAUGGCAAUAACAUGGGAGUGGAGUGUUUACGCCUCUUAAAUGAAAUUAUUGCCGAUUUUGAUGAGCUUCUGGACAAAGAAUGUUAUAAGGACAUAGAAAAGAUCAAGACAAUUGGCAGUACAUAUAUGGCAGCUGUAGGACUUGUACCAACUACAGGAACUAAGGCUAAAAAAUCAGUUGAUUCCCACUUGAGUACACUGGCAGAUUUUGCAAUAGAGAUGUUUGACGUUCUUGAUGAAAUCAACUAUCAGUCUUACAACGACUUUGUCCUCCGAGUUGGUAUUAAUGUUGGACCUGUAGUGGCAGGAGUUAUUGGGGCCAGAAGACCACAAUACGAUAUCUGGGGCAACACUGUAAACGUUGCCAGCAGAAUGGAUAGUACUGGAGUGCAGGGUAAAAUUCAGGUGACAGAAGAAGUUCAGCGGAUAUUAAAGAGGUGCACUUACGAGUUUGAGUGCCGAGGUAAAGUCAGUGUAAAGGGAAAAGGCGAAAUGUUGACCUAUUUUCUUGAAGGAAAGGCCAAUGGAAAUAAUUCACAACCACGGUCUUUAAACUUAGAGCGGAAAAUGUACUCCUACGGGAGAACAAACAUUCAAACCAAACUGGGCACCAGUUGUCCGUCAGUGUCCUCAGUCGCCAGCUUUACUGUAAAAGCUGGGCUUGGAGCACUUCAAGCAUCAACAACCCACACAAAUCAAACAUUACAUUACCUUCCUUCUGUGCCAGCUGUGAAAGAAGCAUAG